AUGGAGCGGAUGGCGGCAUAUCACUACUUGAUAGAGCUAUGGGCCGACAGUGAUAUGGGGAAUAAUAUCACUAUCGGGUCAUUGUCAGAACUUGCCAAUGAUACGCCAAUGCCAGGUUCUGGCUCAACCUCUAAGAGGCAGAGCAUUAAACUUGACAAGAUUGGUCCACGGGGAGGACGCGGCGGCGGCGUUAGAGACGUCCAGGUGCCUCCGUACCGGCUGCUCCGCCUGGAGAUCCAUAGCAAAUACACCAUCAACGGGAUCUCCUUCUCCUACAUCGGCAGUGAUGGCAGUGUGCACCAUGAGAGCUGGGGCGGUGGUGGCAAAUACGUCCCCUACACCGGCCGUGAUGGCAUCGUUUUCGAGGAGUAUCCGAUUCAACUUGGUCUAACGGACUAUGUGAAGGAAAUCUCUGGGACGACUGGUGCAUAUACUGAUCAUCCCAACAUCGUACGGUCACUCAAGGUUGUCACCUUCAAGCGCACGUACGGACCAUAUGGCGCCACCGACGGCGCUGGAAGUCCUUUCUCCUUCCCGGUGCAGGGCAGUGCUCGUAUCACUGGCUUUUUUGGACGCUCCGGCGACUACCUGGAUUCCAUUGGGGUGUAUAUCCGUGAGUGCUAA